AUGGGAUUCGAAAAGUUUGCAAUAAAAAUUCUUGAGAGUGGCUGCGGAGAGGAGGAGGAGGAGGAACGGAGCUGCAGCUGCUCUGGUGCCGGCACACAGUAUCGGAGGAAGAUUAGGGAGCUGACAUCAAUUGUGCAGAAGAGGUUCAGGUUUCCAGAGAACAGUGUGGUGUUGUCUGCCGAGAACGUUAACAACUGGGGGCUUUGUGCCAGGUCCCACCGAUACAAGCUCCUUGAUGGCCUUGCCAUGAGGAGGGGAUGCUAUGGUGUGUUGAGAUUUGUUAUGGACAGUAAUGCUAAGGGUUGUGAGGUGAUUAUUAGGGUAAAACUGAGGGCUCGACGUGCUAAAUCCAUGAAGUUCAAAGAUAGCUACAAGGUUUCUUCAGGUCAGCCAGUGAAAGAAUACAUCGACUCUGCUGUCAGACAUGUUUUCCUUAGACAGGAAGUACUUGGAAUCAAGUUCAAGAUCAUGCUUGAUUGGGAUCCUGAAGGGAAGAAUGGUCCAAAAACUCCUAUUCUAGAUGUUGUCAAUAUUCUUCCUCCAAAGAAUGAAGAGCAUAUUAAGCCGACAGUGAUACCAACUGAAGUUGAGGUGCAAGCAAUUUAA